GGUAACAGAGCUGCCAUGAUGAGUCGUCAAUUGGUACAGGAGGAGCUGACUCUCGAAGACGUCUGUGGGAUGCUACGGCAAGAACUGUGCCAGGGAAAUGACUUUAGCCAGUCAGAUACCCACAUCUUCAUCAUCUUAGGGGCUUCGGGUGAUCUAGCCAAGAAGAAGAUCUAUCCGACCAUCUGGUGGCUGUUCCGAGAUGGGCUGCUCCCCGAUGACACGUACGUGGUGGGUUAUGCUCGGUCCCAGCUCACCGUUGCUGACGUCCGCAAGCAAAGCCAGCCGUACCUGAAGGCCACCACUGAGGAACAAGGGAAGCUCGAUGCAUUCUUUGCCCGCAACUCCUACAUCCAGGGAAAAUAUGACGACCGGGCUUCCUUUGAACGGCUCAACGCUCACCUGAACUCUCUGCACAAUGGCGAGAAAGCCAACCGGCUCUUCUACUUGGCUUUGCCACCUAGUGUCUACGAGGAUGUCACCCGGAACAUCCGAGAAGUCUGCAUGAGUACAGUUGGCUGGAACCGGGUCAUCGUGGAGAAGCCUUUUGGCAAAGACUUGGAAAGUUCCAACCGGCUGUCAAAUCACAUCUCGGCCCUUUUUAGAGAAGACCAGAUCUACCGCAUUGACCACUACCUGGGCAAGGAGAUGGUGCAGAACCUGAUGGUGCUCAGGUUUGGGAACCGGAUCUUUGGCCCCGUCUGGAACCGGGACAACGUGGCCUGUGUCAUUCUGACCUUCAAAGAGCCGUUCGGCACAGAGGGCCGUGGUGGCUACUUCGAUGAGUUCGGCAUUAUCCGGGAUGUAAUGCAGAACCACCUCCUCCAGAUGCUCUGCUUGGUGGCCAUGGAGAAACCAGCCUCAACUAACUCUGACGAUGUGCGAGAUGAGAAGGUAAAGGUGCUCAAAUGUAUCCGAGAGGUGCAGCCUGAGAAUGUGGUACUCGGUCAAUAUGUGGGGGAUACAGCAGGUGAGGGGGAAGCUCAGAAGGGCUACUUGGACGACUCAACAGUUCCACGAGGCUCCACCACCCCCACCUUCGCCGCUGCUGUGGUCUAUGUAGACAACGAAAGAUGGGACGGCGUGCCAUUCGUCUUGCGCUGUGGCAAAGCUCUGAACGAGCGCAAGGCAGAGGUGCGGCUGCAGUUUCGGGACGUGCCGGGCGACAUCUUCCAGCGACAGUGCAAGCGCAACGAACUGGUGAUCCGCGUGCAGCCCAACGAGGCCGUCUACACCAAGAUGAUGACCAAGAAACCCGGCAUGUUCUUCAAUCCGGAAGAGUCGGAGCUCGACCUCACUUACGGCAACCGCUACAAGGGCGUGAAGCUCCCCGACGCCUACGAGCGCCUCAUUCUGGACGUCUUCUGCGGCAGCCAGAUGCAUUUUGUUCGCAGUGAUGAGCUGCGAGAAGCCUGGCGUAUCUUCACUCCGUUGCUCCACAAGAUUGAGGCUGAGAAGACCCCACCUAUUCCCUAUCGCUAUGGAAGCCGUGGCCCCCCUGAGGCAGAUGAGCUGAUGAAAAGGGUCGGAUUCCAGUACGAAGGCACCUACCGCUGGGUGAAUCCUCACAAGCUGUGAGCACUACCUCUACACCUCACCUGGUCCACUCCUCCCUGCAGACUCUGAGCUGGCCGGGCUAGUUUGUGGGGUUUGCGCUCGCCUUUCAUCCUCCCCACCUCUCUGGAAGACCACGUCAGAAGCGUGGGGGACGGCUCUCGCGGUAGCUUUGUUCGGUGGCGGUACUGGUGCACUCCCCUUCGUGGUACCUAGACUCUAUGGCAAGAGUCCGCGGCUUCUCCUCCUUGGCCCACACCUCUGGCCUUGUGUGGCAGGUGCCACUAUUUUAGAUCAACUCCAUAUCCAGCGCGGCUCUCCAAUGUGCUCCAUUUCCUGUUCCAACCUCCGCCUCUCUUUGAGGGUAGACCUGGCCUUUGCAAGGAAGAGGCUGCUGGGAAGGAGGGGGCUCUCCUCCCACCUGUACAUGCUGCUCUGUCAACUGCACUAGCUCGGCUUUCGUUGCAUUACUUGUUACAUUCCUGCCCAGGCUGCUUUGUGGACUUGUCUGUGCAGCUUUUUCCAUAAAUGGAGAUAAUUGUUAGAAAA